GAGGCUUGCCCCCUGAAAGGACUCUAUUGUAGGGAGGGAUGAAUCGUGCAGCGGUGGUGUGUGUGCUGUGAGUGUGUGUGUGUUUGUGGAGCCCCCUCCUCCUUAACUAGCUGGUCAGCAGCGGAGGGAUUAUCGAAGCAGUUCCACUCACUACUAACAGACGGGGAGACGGGGGGGAUUGCAAAAAAGCGUGAAUCAUGCUUGUCGUCAUUACUACCGGCUGGGAGUGGAGCCGAAAUUGUGCAAGAUACGGAUAACAGCGAAGAAAGGUCCGUGUGGAAGUUUCCAGGUCUCCUCAUUCCGCCGUGAAAAUGCCUCACCAGGGGCUCUGCCGCUGCUGCUGCUCGGACCCGUCGCUUUAUGCUGCCUCCUUCACAUGUGCUUUAUGUUGAAGAACAGGAUAUAAACCUCUAAGAAGUCUGCGAGAGUGACAAAACCAAAGGACCUGAGGAUAUUUUUAUUUAUUUUCGCCGUGCGGAGAAUUUCUCAAGUGAAAGAAGGAGGGAGAAAACUUGUAGGCUAGUUGUUGGACAAACAUGGGGAACGCAGGGAGCAUGGACCAGCACACUGAUUUCAGGGGACACAACAUGCCUCUGAAACUACCCAUGCCCGAGCCUAGUGAAUUGGAGGAAAGAUUUGCAACCGUUUUGAGCUCGAUGAAUCUUCCUCCAGACAAAGCGCGACUGUUGCGGCAAUACGACAACGAGAAGAAGUGGGAACUUAUCUGCGAUCAGGAGCGAUUCCAAGUGAAAAACCCGCCUCACGCGUACCUCCAAAAGCUGAGGAGUUAUCUAGACCCAGCAGUCACGAGAAAGAAAUUCAGACGGCGAGUUCAGGAGUCCACCCAAGUCUUGAGAGAACUGGAAAUUUCGUUACGGACCAAUCACAUAGGGUGGGUGAGGGAAUUCCUAAAUGAGGAUAACAAAGGCCUGGACGUGCUGGUGGAGUAUCUUUCUUUUGCACAGUAUGCCGUCACGUUUGAUGGAGACUGUGUGGAGAACAACCCAGACGCUCCUAUGGACAAGUCAAAGCCCUGGAGCCGCUCUAUAGAAGACCUGCAUGGAGGAGGCACCCUGCCGUCGUCUCUCAGUGGGAACGGCAUCACACGAGCUGGGCGACAUUCCACGAUACGCUCCAACACACUGCCGAGCCGGAGAACUCUGAAAAACUCCAGAUUGGUCUGCAAGAAAGAUGAUGUCCACGUCUGCAUCAUGUGCCUGCGUGCUAUCAUGAAUUACCAGUAUGGCUUCAACAUGGUCAUGUCCCACCCACAUGCUGUGAAUGAAAUUGCACUAAGUCUCAACAACAAAAACCCAAGAACUAAAGCUCUAGUCUUGGAGCUCCUGGCGGCAGUUUGUCUCGUGAGAGGAGGCCAUGAAAUUAUUCUCUCUGCGUUCGACAACUUUAAGGAGGUGUGUAUAGAGACACAGCGGUUUGAGAGGCUGAUGGAGUAUUUCAAAAACGAGGACAACAACAUCGACUUCAUGGUGGCCUGCAUGCAGUUCAUCAACAUAGUUGUGCACUCGGUGGAGGACAUGAACUUCAGAGUUCACCUACAGUUCGACUUCACCAAGCUGUGUCUGGACGACUACUUAGACAAACUAAAGCAUACAGAGAGUGAUAAGCUGCAGGUUCAGAUCCAGGCCUACUUGGACAACGUGUUUGACGUGGGAGCCCUUCUGGAGGAUGCAGAGACCAAAAACGCAGCGCUGGAGCGUGUGGAGGAGCUGGAGGAGAACAUGUCACAUAUAACAGAGAAGCUGCUGGACACGGAGAAUGAGGCCAUGUCAAAGAUCGUGGAGCUGGAGAAGCAGCUGAUGCAAAGGAACAAGGAUCUUGAAUCGAUCAGGGAAGUGUACAAAGACGCCAGCUCUCAGGUGCACUCGCUGCGGCUGCUGCUGAAGGAGAAGGACGAGGCCAUCCAGCGGCAGAGUAACCUGGAGAGGAAGAUCCACGAGCUGGAGAGACAAGGCACCAUCAAGAUCCACAAGAAGGGAGACGGAGACAUCACCAUCCUGCCCUCCCCCCCCUCGGGGGCAGAGGGCCUGCCGGGCGCUGUGAUGGGAGGGAACGGUGCUGCCUACAGUCCCAAUCAUAUGGGAGUCGUAUCACCGGGUCCACCUCCACCUCCUCCAGCCCCCCCACUGCCACUGAACGGCACAUUGUCAAACGGACCGUCAGCCGUCCCGGCAGCAGCAGCUCCCCCACCUCCCCCGCCUCCCCCUCCCCCUCCGCCUCCGCCUCCUCCACCAGGCCCGCUCUCACAGUUCUCAGCACCACCACCUCCUCCGCCUCCUCCUGGAGCCCCCCCACUGCCCGGCUGUGGCACGCCCACUGUCAUCAUGAACUCUGGGUUAGCAGCGGUUAAGAUCAAGAAACCCAUCAAGACAAAGUUCCGUAUGCCCGUCUUUAACUGGGUCGCCCUGAAACCAAACCAGAUCAACGGGACGGUCUUCAAUGAGAUCGAUGACGAGAGGAUACUCGAGGACCUGAACGUGGACGAGUUUGAGGAGAUGUUUAAGACGAAAGCCCAGGGCCCGGCUAUCGACCUCACCUCCAGCAAACAGAAGGUCAUCCAGAAGGGGCCCAACAAGAUCACGCUGCUGGACUCCAACAGAGCCAAGAACCUGGCCAUCACACUGAGGAAAGUGGGCAAGAGUCCCGAGGAGAUCUCCAAGGCCAUUCAGAUCUUUGACCUGCGCACUCUGCCGGUGGACUACGUUGAGUGUCUGAUGCGCUUCCAGCCCACAGAGCAUGAGGUGAAAGUCAUGCGGCAGUUUGAGAAGGAGCGCAAACCGCUGGAGAGCCUGACGGGCGAGGACCGCUUCAUGAUGCAGUUCAGCAAGAUCGAGCGGCUCAUGAAUAAGAUGACCAUCAUGGCGUUCAUCGGGAACUUCAGUGAGAGCAUUCAGAUGCUCACGCCGCAAAUUCAUGCAGUCAUUGCAGCUUCUGUGUCCAUCAAGUCGUCACAGAAGCUGAAGAAAAUUCUAGAGAUUAUCUUGGCCCUCGGGAACUACAUGAACAGCAGCAAGAGAGGAGCAGUGUACGGAUUCAAGCUGCAAAGUUUAGACUUGCUACUCGACACCAAGUCGACAGACCGCAAGCUAACGCUGUUACACUACAUAGCCAACGUAGUAAAAGAGAAGUACUCUCAGGUUGCGCUCUUCUACAACGAGCUGCACUACGUGGAGAAAGCUGCAGCAGUGUCGUUGGACAACGUCCUGAUGGAUGUGAGGGAGCUGCAGAGAGGCAUGGAGCUGACCAAGAGAGAGUACAGCAUGCACGGACACAACACCAUGCUCAAAGACUUCAUCACACACAAUGAGAACAAGCUGAAGAAGCUGCAGGAGGAUGCCAAGAUUGCACAGGAUGCCUUUGACGAGGCAGUGAAGUUCUUCGGGGAGAACUCCAAAACUACGCCACCCUCCGUCUUCUUCCCCGUGUUUGUGCGAUUUAUUAGGGCUUACAGGCAAGCAGAAGAGGACAAUGAGCAUAAAAAGAGACAGGAGCAGCUUUUGAUGGAGAAGCUUUUAGAACAGGAGGCCAUGAUGGAGGAAGACACCAAGUCUCCUCAUAAGAGCAAGCGGCAGCAGCAAGAGCUGAUCCAGGAGCUCAGGAAGAAACAGGUGAAAGACAGCCGCCAUGUCUACGAAGGCAAAGAUGGAGCGAUAGAGGACAUCAUCACGGUUCUGAAGACAGUGCCCUUUACCGCCCGCACCGCCAAGCGCGGCUCUCGGUUCUUCUGCGAGCCCGCCCUCAAUGAGGAGUACCAUUACUAAGCUUGUAGAACUCUCUCUCUUCUCUAAGAUUUGAGGAAUCAGCCUUACAGGCGAGCAGACGCUGUGCGGAGGAGUGUCAGGAGACGCUUCGAUGAUCAGAACCUGCGGCCGCUCAACAACGAAGUGGUCGUGUGACGAGGGAGACGUGCAUGUGCUGGGGGGGGGGAAGAUGGCAAGGAUGUGUAAGACAGGAUGUUGGAUGUAGAAUGAAGGACGAUAAGUGAAAGAUGACGAGUGUAGCAACCAUAGAGAUGAGUAUGUGUAUAUAUAUUACAUAAGAAUGAUUCCAUGUCUGUGGCGUAGCAGCAGCUUUUCACGAUGAAGGACUGGGACGUAUGGGACUGAAUUGAAAGUGUCUGAAAGGUUGAAACCUUAGACAAGCCAAGUGCCUGAACUUAUUUUGUGGGCUAAUGUCACGCCGUCUUGUUUGUCUGAUGACUGUUUUUUAAAAUGUCCCACUUCGAGCAAUACCACUUGACCUGGCUUUAAUUUGACGAUGUGUAAAACUGGACUUGCAGUGGCCUUAAGAGCCACGUAAAGAGAUGGAAACGUAAUGUAGAAUGUAUGGGACGCGCUCCCUUUAGCUGUUACAGAUAUUACAUCUUUACGUGUUGGGUUUGAUGCUCUGUUUUAUCUCGGUACAUUCCGGUGCUCUUUUACAUUCCUCUUACAAUACGAUGUGCUCAACCUGCACUCUUUUUUUAUCUCAUGAGGUUUUUCCAACUCUGACUAAAAGGGCUGAUGAUCAGGCCUGAAAAAGGUUAUCAGAAAAGUAAUUUGUUUUUACUAAAGUAUGAAAAAGUAAUCAAGACAAGAGUAAAGUGAAUUUUACAUAUCAGGCAGAUGCUGACUUCUCCUCCAUAAUUAGUUUGUUAAGUAAAUGGAUCAAGACUGAAUUUGUCGAUCUAAAAUCAAUGAGUGCUCUCAUAAACUCUACCGUCCAUUUUAAAUGUUGCAUUUCUGUAGCAGCACAGCAGUUUGUCUGGUUUCUGGGAACAAAUCAGGAGUGAAUGAGCCUGUAAAGCAACAUUGAAAACAUUUUAUACCAAACGUAAAUACUGCACAAAAUAUGCUGAACCCUGUCUCAUUGUCAUAACUGGACUUAGCAUUUCAUCUCUGUCAACUGUUUUUCUUUCUACAAAUCGAUUAUAUUCCAGGCUACUGUGUCUACUCACUUUAUUGUAAUUUUAAUGUAUAGUAUUUAACCACUGAAAGGAUUUCUUUAAGCUCAUGUUUUCAUCUAAUGUGUGUCUGCGGUCAAAAACAAGUACUCAACAAAGUAAACCUAAAUGUACAGAUA